UUCUUGUAGUUAUAGGUACAUGGAGGUGUUGAAUAGCAACACUGGUAGGGUGAAGAGUAGCAAGUCCUUAUCUGUAGCAAAAGCUAAACUGCCUCCACUUAACAGAUUCCUAAACCACUUGGCUGCAAGUAGCAGCAACCAAGAAAUCGUUCCAUCAGCACAUCUUGCUGCCAUUGUUAAUGCAGUGGAACAGGAGUCCCUAAAGAUCAUUCAAACCGAUGUCGUUGUUACCAUUAUAUGUGGUGUAAUAGGCAGUCACAAAGAAAACCUAUGCAAGGCUCUUACAAACAUGGCCAAGGAACAGAGCAGGUGGGGGCAUUCAUUGAUGGCAUUAUAUGGAUUGAGGUAGUGGCUAUCGGCACUG